UCUGCUCCAGUCACAUCGCAUCGGGAUCUUGUGUCGUGAAUAUGAUGAAAAUUUGUUUGUUCCUACAGGGGCAAAAAGUGAACAAAGUCGCCCACAGUGAUCCUCGCUCGUCUCUGAUCCUCCGGGAAAUCGAAUAUCUGAACGAUCUCGAUGAGAAACAGAUUCGACACUUGUCAUAAGUUAUUCGCUCUCUUUCGCAUCGGCACAGUUCCUACCGUGCGUCGUCCAAGUUUUGACCUUCCACGGAUCGCCGACGAAUAGAAAUUUCAUCGAGGGUUGGUUGUACGUACGUACGUGUAUUGGUAUUCGUUUGACUCGUGAACCCCGUGAAAAUUGAAAGAGAGAGUCGACGGAUUACCGAUGUGGAGGAUUCUCGGCGAACGAGGAGCGACGAUUUGUAAUUCGCCUGGCAUUACUACGAAUCUGGACGACGAUCUGCAAUGCGGAGAUAAAGACGGUUCGGAAUCGCUCUGAUUGUGAGAUACACGAUAUCGUUGAUAUAUGUGUAGACGCACGUAUUAUACGAUCGAUAUAUCGAUCGUCGAUUACUUGAAGGGAGAAACCCCAGCAGAUAAUAUGCUCGGUAACGUAUGUGUGUUUGAAAAAAAGAACGACAAAAAAAACGCUGAGAAAAUAAAAAAUUACGAAAUAAAAUAAAACUUAUCGAAGGGGAGUCGUCGGCAGGACUUAUAAGGUGUUCGCGCGACGCGUGGGAGUCGAGUAAAAAACGAAGAAAAAAACGAAAUAAAAAUGGUCUCGUGACGAUAGCUCGUUCAAACCAUCCCCAAAACAAUUGUUUAACGUGUAACGAUUUAAUAUAUCGCAAGUUGUCGUUGAGCCGUUUAUUCGAUUUCUAAGAAACUGCGAUCAGAGGUGGAUAUCGUGGUAAAAUGGUUGGUGAUUCGAAAAAAGGGAACGUCCUUGAACUUUUUUGAAGUGGUGCACCGAUCGUGAAUUAUACGGGUGAUCAUGUCUAAACGACAAUGGCUAGUCUUGCUGAUGUUGUUCCUCACUUACUUGCUACUUGGCGCUUCGAUAUUUCAUCACAUAGAGAGCGAACUGGAGGUAGAAAAAGUAAGGGAGGCCAGAAUCAACCGCAUUGAAAUAAACGCUCUCCUUCACGAACACUAUAUCCCGAAUCUUGGGCACGGACAACAUGAGAUUUUCGAAAAACUAUCGAUCUACUGCGGCAAGUCGGUUUUCAACUAUACGGAAAAUGAAGUCGAUUUGUACAAAUGGGAUUUUUACAACAGUUUUUAUUUCGCUUACACCGUCGUCAGUACCAUCGGGUACGGGAACCUCGCGCCAACAAAUAUGCUGGGGCGUGUUCUGAUGAUAUUUUACGGACUGAUCGGUAUCCCGAUGAACGGUAUUCUCUUAGCACAACUGGGAGAAUUUUUCGGAAAUGUUUUCGUCCGGGCGCACAAGAAAUACAAAUCUUACAAGGAAGGACACUCGGAUUCGCCGAAGCGACUCAACACACUGGAAACCCGAAGGGUCGGAUUAGCUGCUCAGAUAUUCAUGUACCUGGCGCCAGGAUUCGUUAUGUUUAUUUUUUUCCCUGCGUUUUUGUUCUCGUAUUACGAGGGCUGGCAAUACGAUGAAGCUGUUUAUUACGCUUUCGUUACUCUUACCACCAUUGGAUUUGGCGACUACGUUGCUGGCCAAGACAAUACGAAGGGAAACGGGAUAUUGUGGAUUCUAUACAAAAUCUUUCUGAUAGUUUGGAUAGUCUUCGGACUGGGAUAUCUUGUAAUGAUUAUGAGUUUCAUCGCUCGAGGAAUGAGGAGUAAAAGGAUAACGAGACUCGAGCACAAGCUUGCGAUGAAUUUGAAACACACGCAGAGUAAAAUUUGGAACGAAUUCAACAAGGAUGUCAAUUCGAGCGUCAAUUAUUUGCGGAGGGUCUUCAAUGAAAUGUAUAUUAUGAAGCUCAAGCCGGUCUACCAGGACGAAUGCAAUUACGAAAUUCCUUCAGACUGUAAGUUCGCUCGCAGUUCGAGCUUUCCUGAUCUUCGCGAACUGAUUUAUGGCGGCCUAGAAAUCGCUCCACCGACUCAACCCAGGCGACGGGCGAACAGCGAAAUCGCUCCAGUGAUUCAAUACGAGAACGUGAACCGCGUGAGGUCAGAAAACGACCUUCAGAGAAUAGACAAAACGGCGACCUUCGCUUCUCACGCGGUGGUUCAAUCUGCCGAACUCAUAGCUCAUCUCGUGAACGCCCUGGGAUACAUUCCGCCGUCAUCUGACGGAUUUCACACACCGGACGAUGAGGAAAAUUGCGCUAACGCGAAGGGCGUCGAAGGUUUCAGCGAUAAAGAGAUCUUAGCUGGUGAAAAGUCGUGGGCUGGUUCGGGAUGGAGAAUCGGCCCCGAGAAGGUCUCCAUUUCUCCUCGUAGAGCAAGAGCGGCGAGCGAAGUGAGGCUACAGAAAGACGACGCCGGUUUUGGGCAACAACCGAACAACGAGUGGACUUGGUCCGGGCCAUCCGCGUCGAGAAACAUCCAAGAGAUGAUGAAAGCGAGAAGAAAAAGCGGCGCGUAUACCACGAUAAAAAAUGCAAGAGCUCGAUUAAAUUCUGUACCACUUCCGUCCGUACCGAAAACCAUAAGACCCCGGUGGCUCAAUCCAUUUUCGAGUAAAAAAGAAACGACCGAACCGUCCAAGCGGGAUUCUUCACCCGAGGAGGAUCUCGAGACUCACCUGAAGGAAAACUACCUUUCGCAUACUGCGAAUACCCGGCCAAUCGUCGGCGAUUUUGACCGUCGGCGUUCCGUUGCUCCUCAUUAUUUCACCCACUGUGGCGGAAACUUGCCUAACACUCCGGAGGGAAAUUUACUCGAAGAAACAUCGCUCGCCGACUUCUUGCGCGCUUUGACGGCCCUUCAUUCGAGGGUCGGUGCCGUCCCUGACGAUCUGGUCAAUAGACCACAGAGAAAAAUGGGCACCGCCAGUCUCACGCCACCGAAACUUCCCAGUCUUCUCGGUCUGUUUUCACCACCAACAGAAACUAAUCAUCAGAACAGUCAUAGUACGCAGAGUACCGUCACAGCUGGACAAAUGGCCGCUCGCAGGUAUUCCCUUAGACCAGAAGCGAACUCUGGAGCAUCGACACCCGGAUACCGACGCAAAGGAAGUCUGAUUCCCGGACCUGGGCCCAGGAGAUUUUCCCUCAGGUCGGUCUUCGCUCCCGGAGGACCUCCCUUGGCAAAUCCAUCACCGUAUGCUACGGACACCCUCCCUCUACAUGAAAAGGAACGCGGAAAUCCGCCGCCAUAUUCAGCUGACCCCUUCGAGUUCGAGUGCCCGAAGGAGCCCCUGGUUUCCGCUGAGAUUGGUCCGGCUCAGGACUCUAUUAUACAUCCGGUGCGUGCACCGCACGCACCUCGUAGGUUUUCUCUUCGUCCAGCCCAAAUCGGAGUACCACCAGCACCCGCAUCGCCAAAGCCAUCUCUGAUGGGAAGACCAGUGCCAAAGUGGAAAGGUGGGAUGCUACAGCGUCAAAUAAGUGAACUUAAUCUCCAAAGACGCGCGCGGGCGUUUAGUUUAGGCGACGUUAAUUCGAUAAGAACAGAACGUUCCGCGAAUCAAACUAGUCCUUUGGCCUUGCCAAACGCGACGUCGAACUCUUCAAAUUUAUCAGUAAGUCGGCCACCGCUUAUGACCGAAAGUACGGACAAGUUGAAUACGUUUGGAGCGGUUAAUAACGCGACAAUUUCUUCGCUCGGUGCCUUUCCGCCUCCAAGAACACUCGCUAAUGAUUUUAAACAAAAUUCGCGCAGUGGUUCGACCAAUCAGCUAUCGGUAGCGCAUAAUUUCAAAGAUAAAUUGGGAUUGAAAGUGCCGCGAUCCUCAGAUCUGAUGCGAUCGGCUUUUAGAACGGGCUUGAACAAGCCUGAUCUAGAGCCUCCUAAAAAAGCCCUCGAAGUAGACUCAAACGAUUUGGCUGACGCUCGAUUGAUGCAUCAGCAGCAGCAAACGAUGUUUGAAGAGCUGCAACGCGGAAGCAGUUCUGAAGGGCUAACGGUUAACGUGGCUCAAAAGACACCGCAAUUAUCGACUAAUACGUUUAAAUCUGAUCUACUGCAAGUUAAAAAAGAAUCUGAACCGCAUCCUAUUGAAACUUAUGGCGAGAUGCUGACUGACGUCAAAGAAACUGUUCACGACGUAAUGAGCGUGAAGUCAUCUCCUACCGACGCGAAUAACUUUUCAGCACUUGAAUCUGUUGUGGUUGAAAAACCUGUCAGUAAACACAAUCAGCCUUCUACGAAGGACGAUAUUCUCUUACCAUAUUUUACCUCUAAACGAAAUUCACUGACCGAAGUCAAGGUGGAAUCCUCGACGGAGGUCGGGAAACCACAUCAGAGCGGUUUGUCUUCGGAAAUUCCGAAAUUCGGUGGCGUGCCGGAGGAAUUGAAGGACAAUUCUACCGGUAGAACGUCAUCGAUGAUUUCGGAAAAGAGCACGGGAUCGAACGAGGGCGAAAAAUCCACGGGGAGAAAAAUCUCAGCUAUGUCGCAACAGAGCAUCGAACUUUGUUCAAUAUCCGGUAGCAGAAAGAGUUCAACGUCUGCAAGGUCAGAUAAACCGAGGGUUUCUAUAGACCCUUACAAAACGCCGCUGGAAUUUCAGAUUGAAAAGCCAGCGACGAAUCCAUUCGAACAAUACAAAGCGACCGUGGAGUGCAAACUCGAUAGACCUCGGGAACGAAAAACGGCAAAGAGCGCGACAGAAACGAAAGUCGACACUGCUAGGUAUCAACGUAACUCGUCGAAUCUUACCUCUACCGAUGAACCGAAGCCUGAAAAUAUUUCGGGUAACAACGUCGACUAGACAUGAAGACGACGCGAUAUGAAAGAACUUGUCCAUGUUUAGAAAAAAGAAAGAAAAAAAAAACAAAUAAAAUACGUGUUAUCGAUUAACAUGCGUUGAUUUAAUAGUUCAAAGGACGAACCUUACAAUUUUUUCUUCAUAAACAGUAAAACCAAUAUACAUAUGUAUAGUAAAACUGAUGUUACAUAUUGUAGAUAAACUAUGAUAAAAAGGCUGUGGUAAAUUAAUUAGGGUCCAAGUGUGCCUUUCAAAAAGUGAUCGAUGUAUUUAAGUCUGUGUACAGUUUUAAGAAUAUGUAGAGUUACUACUCUACAUAUAUAGAGUUACUAGGAAUAAACUGCGACGUGGGAGUCAUUCGUCUCAUAUUAGUCGGUGAAUCAUUCCAAUGACAAAAUUAAUUGUUGAUCUUAAUGUAGCGGUAUAUGUCGAAUAACGUGAAAUUGUAAAUUACCCGUGUUGAAUAGUUGAAAAUAUAUUACUUAUAUUCCAGACGAGGACGUGGCGGGACCAACUCCAAAUAUCUAUUCUAGUAACGAUUGGAGGUGUGCUAAUAGCACAUAAGUAUUGUAAUUAAAAAAAAGGAAAAAAAACUACCGGUGGUAGUGAGACGUAAAAGAUUUUGGUCUAUGUCUAACAAAAUACGAUAAUUAUUGUGAGUAGGUUAAUAAUUAUCAAAGGAACAUAAACCAAUAUAUUAAAAAUCUUUUUGUAAUUCAAAAUUCUUUUAGUUUCUCUAACUUUCGGGGGCUUUUUUGGGCAACAAAUGAAGAGAAGACGAAUUGUAUCAUUUGGUGUUUUAUUUCAAAUAAAUUGGUGCAAUAAAUUAA